GUGCGGCGGCUCGUCUAGGCGAUGGAAGCGGGUGGCGAAGGACAGCAGCGUCACCAGGGCCAGCAGGGCCCACCGGCUAGCCGUCUCGAAGCGCCGCGAGCCCCGAGCAGGCCGUUUGGGGUUUCGCGCCGCAGCCGUGGCGGCCACGUCCCAGCCCGCGGCCCUAGCAGCCUGGUGCCCACAGCGGCCCCUCCGGGGACGCAGCUCGGACUCUGCCAGGCCUCCGCCCGUGGCCGGUGGCAUCUUCCCCCUCCUUCGGAUCGCCCUCCGGACCGGAGGCACACUCUGUCGGACCAGCCUCCCCGCCAAGGGGCCACAGGAGGGCAGUUCGGGUUACCCCGGAAAAUGCAGCUCCCUCCGCCAGCGGCGGAGCGCGGGGCCCGGCGCUCGGGGCGGGGCGGGCAGCGUGGUCGCGGCCCGGGCCGGUAGGAGGCGGCUAGAGUCGCAGAGCAUGUCGGGAUCGGGAGGGCCGGCCGGCCCGGGGGAACGGGGCAGGAGGGAACGGACUCAGGGAACUGCAAUUCCCAGCAGCCCCAGGGCACGGGGCAUGGCGGGAGGGCUGGGCAAGCCAGAGGCGACCGGAAGGCUCAUUCUAGUCCAGCUUCUCGCUUUACCCGGACGAAAGCCACGAGCCUAACUCGAGUCUCACUGGGCCUUAGUCGUCGGAGAGUCCCAGGCGCGAAGUUUCACGGCCUGGAGGAGGGGUCGCACGAAGUGCCAGAUGCAGGCUGGGAAGGUUUCCUUUCCCUGCUCAGAAGCUCUGCCAGAGGGGACAUUCCCUGGAAGGCUGAGGGUCACCACACACCAUGACCGAGUCUGGCAAGCCCAUCCUCUAUUCCUAUUUCCGAAGCUCCUGCUCAUGGAGAGUGCGAAUUGCUCUGGCCUUGAAAGGCAUUGACUUUGAGAUGGUGCCCAUCAAUCUCAUAAAGGAUGGGGGCCAACAGUUCUCUAAGGACUUCCAGGCACUGAAUCCUAUGAAGCAGGUGCCAACCUUGAAGAUUGAUGGAAUCACCAUUCAUCAGUCACUGGCCAUCAUUGAGUACCUAGAGGAGACGCGUCCCACUCCACGACUUCUGCCUCAGGACCCAAAGAAGAGGGCCAGCGUGCGAAUGAUUUCUGACCUCAUCGCUAGUGGCAUCCAGCCCCUGCAGAACCUGUCUAUCCUGAAGAAAGUGGGAGAGGUUUCCAAGGACUUGAGAGAGGAGACUCAUCUGACCUGGGCCCAGAAUGUCAUCACGUCUGGCUUUAACGCCCUGGAGCAGAUCCUGCAGAGCACAGCAGGCAAAUACUGUGUAGGAGAUGAGGUGACCAUGGCUGAUCUGUGCUUGGUGCCUCAGGUGGUAAAUGCCGAGAGGACAUUUUCCAGUAGGGGCUUAUGUCAAGUCCCUCCUUUCCAUAUCAGCUGUAAGUUCCGUGCACACUCAUCAGACACCUGGUCCUGAUAUGCUAGAGGCCGCAGGGAGACCUGAUACACGGACUUCCCACGUGAAGGAAGAACAAUGACGGAGUGGCCUGAUACUGGUAAUUCCAACUAUAUGGAAGUAACAAGUCCCCAGAAAUACUUCAGAAGGAGGAAAGCAGUAGGGAGGUGCUGUGAAGAAACACCUGAGAACACAGCAAAAAGUAUAGGCUUGUGUUCCUCAGAAAUUUUACAUAUCCAUUAAGGAAAGUGGCAAACUCACUGGAUAAACAGGUGAUACACUUAUUCAUAAGAUACUAAUUUUUUUUUUUUUUUUUUUGAGAUGGGAGUCUCA